AAUAACCUUGGGAGAGGAGGGACGCGCUCGGCCACUACACGGCUCUCUCUCUCUCUCCGGCCCCGGGAUCGGCUGUGGUUCCUGAUGAAGCGGCUGCUCGCCGCGGCGCAUGAGCAGAUCUCGCUCCUCCGCCGCUGCCAGGCGCAGAGCUGGGAAUCUCACGGAGCAAGUGUGUGUUGAAAAGUGAUCCCGCUGCGUGGAGGUGAGGGAGCAGCUGAUCAAUCUGAUCCAUUGUCAGAGACACAAAGCUCUGCCUCUGCUUCAUCCCGAGCGCCCGCCCAUCGUGGGUUUUUCUUCAGAGGGAGCGUGAUUGUUGCCUCCCGUGUCUCACCGUGGAAAAAGCCAGAGCCUUGUCCCACUCCCCCAUCAGAAGAGGGAGAAAACUAUAGCGAGGACUUAUUCCAGUCUGAAUCUCAACCCCAGACCACUGGCAUUCUCUCUGGCUACAUACUUAGUCUUUUUUUUUUUAUUCCCAUUUUAUUCCCAAAAUACGCGCAAGUGGCGCCGGACUUUUGCGCGUCACGGUGCGGGUCUCCUCUCCUCCGCAGUGUCGGUGCGUGGAGAGCCAGGGUUGGGUUGGGUCGCCGUGGCUCCUGGCGCACGUCGUCAGUCCUGAACACAGAUAGGUGAGCAGGGAACACGACAGGACACGCUCGGGAGAGAUAGGGAUAGUGGCCCCUACGGAAAACCGCCGGGCUCGCCGGCUCUGGAUCUUAUUUUUGAGACGCCUCCUCCGGCUUUUUUUCAUUUCAUCCUAUUUUUUCCCCCUUUUUUAUUUUUAUUUUUUAAAUCCUCAUCACUACUGAAAUAAUUCCCGCCGGGGAUCCGUACACCUCCUUGCCCCCUGAUUCAGUACCAGCGGUGCCAGAGCCCUCUCACGCAUCCUCUCCUCAUCUGAAGGGGAAUCUCGGACGAGGAUCUGCGGAGCGACGCACACGAUGGCAACCGGUGCGCUCCUUCUUGCCUGUGCGCUGCUUGCCGGUGUUGCCGUGGCUCAGAGAGUGGUGACGGUGGAGAGCGGACCGCUGGUUCGGACCGAAGGCUCCCACGUGACCAUCUGGUGCAACGUGACUGGCUACAAGGACGGGGUGCAGCAGGACUUCGAGUGGUCCAUGUACCUGGGAUCGGCGCCGGACCGUGAGAUCCGCAUCGUCAGCACGGCCCAGCCCAACUACGCCUACGCCAUCUACGCCCAGAGGGUGAACAGCAAGGAGAUCUUCGUGGAGAGGCUGAGCCGCGACUCGGCCGUGCUCCACAUCACCAAGGUGCAGGCCAACGACCAGGGGCUGUUUGAGUGUUACACGCCCAACACGGACGGCCGGUACCUGGGAAUCUACAGCGCACGCACCAACGUCACUGUCAUUGCAGACUCCUUGACCGUAACGGCUCCGGCGCAGACUCUGUCCAAAGUGGAGGGCGACACGCUGCAGCUGACCUGCGAGGUGUCCCGGACCACGGAGCAGCACACUCACCUGUCGGUGGGCUGGUAUCUGCGGUCUCCAGAGGAGCCGGCCGCCCAACCCCAGGAGCUGGUCACCCUGUCCAGGGACUUCGUCCUGCGCUCCGGCGGGCCGUACCGGCAGAGGAUGGCGGCGGGGGACCUGCGGCUGGAUAAAACCAGCGCCACAGCCUACAGACUCACCAUUCACAAGCUGCAGCCGGGAGACCAGGGGCUGCUCUACUGUCAGGCGGCCGAGUGGAUCCAGGACCCAGACGGGAGCUGGUUCGCCAUGACCCGCAAGCAGAGCGAGAAGACCCAGCUCCGUGUGCAGCCCACUGACCGGGACUUCAGCAUCCAGGUGAGCACGGAGCGACGGUCCUUCACGGCCGGUGAGCCGCUGGAGCUUCGAUGCACCAUUGAGGCGCAGAACGUCCCCGAGCGUUUCUUCUCGGUGUCGUGGGUCUUCAGCAGCUCACCGGUGGCCGUGGUGGGCCCAAGUGCCGUGCCUGUCCUGGGGCCUGAGUAUGUCGCCCGCGAGGCAGCUGGCCUCAUGACCGUGCGUAAGGAGAGUCCCAACGUAUACCUACUCAAGCUACAGCGCCUGACCGCGGAGGAUGCUGGGAAGUACAUCUGCCGCGUCACGGAGCGGGAAAGGACACCGACGGGGGACUUUAUCGACCGCAGCAAGAGGUCCCGUAACGUCCAGAUCACCGUCCAGCCACUCAAGAGCAACAUCACAGUGUCCCUGUCCAGUAACUCCUCGGAGGUCCUGGAGGGCGACACCAUCACGCUGACCUGCUCGGCCCACUCCAGCACGGCCUCGCUGUCCUUCGUGUGGCAGUGGGUGGAGAAGCAAGCGGUCGGGCCCAUCCUGGAGGUGGGGUCCGUGGACCGGGACGGCACCGUGCGGCACAGCCCCACCUACCGGGAGCGCGCCAGUUACGGGGAGAUCCGCGUGGAGAAGGUGCGAGCCGACACGCUGACCCUGUCCGUGUACAACGCCUUGCCCCGGGACGAGGGGCAGUACCGCUGCACGGCCACCGAGUGGCUUCAGACCGGCGACGAAGCAGAGCUGAGCUGGGAGAAGAUCGGAGAGAAAUCAGCCACCAAGUCGGUCACCGUCAGGACGGUUGAAUCCUCUUUCAUGGUGUCGGCCUCGUCACGAACGCCGUCGAUAUCCUUCGGCGACUCCUUCGACCUCCUCUGCCUGGUGAAGCCCCGUCACAACCCGCGGGUCCCGGCGUCGGUCACCUGGCGCUUCAUGCCGGCCGGCGCGCGGGCCGAGGACGAGGACCAGGGCGGCUUCAAGGACCUGGUGACCUUCACCCGCGAGGGCACGCUGCAGUGGGGGGAGCAGCUGCUGGGGCUGGGCACCCGCACCAUCGUGGACCGCUCCCACUCCAACACCAACUUCCGGCUGUCGGUGACACGCGCCGGGCGCCGCGAGGCCGGGAAGUACCAGUGCACCGCCGUGCUGUGGAGGAGGAACUACGACAACAGCUGGAGCAGAGUCGCCAACCGCACCUCCAACCUGCUGGGCAUCAGCGUCCUCCAGCCAGAGAGUAAGCUGAAGGUGCAAAAGACCAAUCAGUCCCUGGCGUUCCUGGAGGACAGCCGCGUCCGGAUCAACUGCUCCAUCGCCUCCCAGACCAGCCAGGACUCCCAGCACGCCGUGCUGUGGUACGUGAGGCGCGCGGAGGGCUCGGAGGCCGACGAGCUGCUGCUGAGGAUCGAGCGCUCGGGCGCCUUCGAGUACGGCGCCUACGCGGACGAGGAGAGGCUGCGGCUGCGCGUGCAGGCCGAGAGGCUGUCGCCGCGCCUCUACGUGCUGACGCUGAACCGGGCCGAGAGCAGCGACUCCGGGACGUACUACUGCCUGGUGGAGGAGUGGCUGAGCGACCCGGACGGAGCCUGGUACCGCCUCUCGCGGGAGUCCUCGGGGUACACGCAGGUUCUGGUCAGACAGCCAGAGGUUCGGCUGCAGGUGGAGGAGCUGGAGUCCAACGUGACGGUGGAGGAGUCCGGCUCCAUCCGGCUGGGCUGCAGCAUCCCCUCGCAGUCGUCUCCAGACUCCCGCUUCUCCGUGUCCUGGUACGUGGAGCGCUCCGAGGACGACGCCGGCAGCGAGGAGCCGCUGGACGAGGAAGCCGGCGGGCGGGACUGCGUGUUCUCCGUCGCCCACGACUUUGUCUUCAGGAAUGAAAACUGCAGCCCCCAGGAGGAAACGGGGCCCUUCUCCCGCCUGCAGUUUGAGAAGAUGACCACCGACCAGUACAGCCUGACCAUCCACGGCGUCCGGCCGGCGGACGCGGGCCGCUACUACUGCCACGUGGAGGAGUGGCUGCUCAACCCCCGCAACAUCUGGUACCGCCUGGCCACCAACAACUCUGGGUUCACCAUCGUCAAUGUCGUGCAACAAGUUUCUACCAUCCAGUCGGUGGUGUGUUCCAACACCUCCCUCUUCUACUUCAUCUUCUUCUACCCGUUCCCCAUCUUUGGCAUCCUCGUCAUCGCCCUGCUGUUCGUGCGCUUCAAGAGUCGCAGCAGCAGCAAGAGCCAGGAGGGCAAGAACGGCGCCCCCCUGCUGUGGAUUAAGGAACCGCACCUGAGCUACUCCCCCACCUGUCUGGACCCUCCAGCGCUCAGCUUGCACCCCGGCUCGGUGGACUAAGCGGGCGCCGGGCGCCUCCCCUCCCUCCCGCCUGACGCACAUCACAGACUCAAACAGGGAGCAAACGUGGACUCCACCCUCAGACCUUACCGUCUCUCGAUGCCGUGUUGAAUUAGUCGUUUAAAAGUUUCUACCCUGACGACCGUGUGUUUUAUGUGAACAACUCGUGCGUGUGUGCGUUUAGUCGGUGUGUGGACGGGUAUGGAUGUACCAUUUCAGCACGUGUAACCGUGCCAGUCGCGAAGUGAAGGAUAAGAGAUUAUCAUGAGCCUUUUUUUUUUUUUUUUCUUUCUGAGAAACUUGAUCUCAAAGCAGCGUUUUGAUUUUUAUCACUCUAGAUAUUUAUCUAUUUUUCAAAAGUGGAAAAAAAAACAAAAAAAAGGAGAGGGAUAGAACUGCACACACACGAGAUCUCCGGCCAACCUGGGAUGGAGCGUCUGAAUAAAGGAACUCUACAAUCAACUCCAGCACUAAGUGGACGCCAGGAAAAAGUCUCAUCCAAGAGCACCCGCAGCCUUGCCUACUAUGUCGGUUGCCAUGGCGAUGCUCUGCUCCCACUGACUUCGGAGCUGCUGACUUGGUUGCCAAGCUGCACGGAGACAAAGGCUGGGACACACAAGUGUGUGUCCUGAGUGAGGAUGUGUGCUGGCCCACCUGCCUUGGCAGACUGAAACAAGUCCUGUUGUGCCACUUAAACACUGCCAGACACUCUGGCCCGAGUUAAAGACUGUCCCACUCUUCUCCUCUACCCUCCUCUUCUCCUGAAAGAGACGGCGAAAUAGAGGAAAAAGGAGCUUGGAAAUGAUAAAGAAUAAAUGAACAGUGCUCUUCCAUAGAGGAAAUGUGUAUUUUAACAUAAGUGGGGGGGGUUUUUUCAGUGCCAAGAGCUCCUCAUUACCAUGCUGUCCUCUGCAGCUAAUGUUUGAAGUUUUAAAGGAAAAGGGGGAAGCUGCCGGCUCUGGAAGCAGAUUGUUAAUAUGUCUCACGCUGGGAAUUUAUUGGCAGUUAAAUAAGUUGAAAUGCCCCUUAUAAAUUAGAGUCCCUGAACUGAAUGAAACACUAAUACAUCUCUCUUGAGUUAACCGGUCUGACCACCUCCAGUCCGGUCUUUUAACAGAUAUAUUGGUUUAAAUACAAAAUAAGACACUUGGAUUUGUUCAUAACCACAGCGAAGACUGUUAAAAACGACAAAACCUGCACAUAAACAAAGAAAAGCAAACCAGAUGAGGGGCAAAUGUGUUUAUUUGAAAAGGUUUUCUAUUUAUUGUUUUCUACUAUUUUGCAUAGCUUUGUAAGAUUUCCUUUUUUUUUUUUUGCUUUGAAAUUCGCUGAUAAUAUGUGCUGCUGGUGUUGCUAGGCGACCACAGCAAGCGCGUUACGUCAGCUGCCUGCGUGUUGGCCGUGUGGUAGAAGUCUAACUGCUAGAUCUGUCCUGCGCGUUUGAGUCUGUAGCAUUUCACAGCCGGCUGCCGGGUCUGGUCGGUGUCCUAACACUGUUUUAAUCUCUACUUAUGACGGACGUUGCUGUGGCUUUAAAUGUACAGUAGUUAGAUAGAAAAGUCACAUUAAAAAAAUGCAUUCACUUGAUGCUUUUUGCUCGUUGAUUUAGUGAAAUGUGAUGUAACACCUAAGUAGGACGUUUGAUCAAAGAGACGGCUGAAUCUGAACUGCUGAAAUGUCCUUUUGGUUUUUUUUGGUUGUUUUUUUUUUACUUUUUUCUUUGCGAAUUCUGGCUGAAGGUGUUCUCCCCAGCGUUGAAAACCUGCGUCACCUUCUCUGCCAGGAGAGGCGUGAGCCCGCCCCGCCCUACCCCCGACACGACAUGGGCCUAACCCGUUCACUGCCAGACUGGACACGAGAACUCUUGAAAAACUCGACAUUGUUGUCUCAGUCGUAUCCACGUGUAUAUUGCAUGACAAUAAUCGCAGGAGGAAUUUUGAUGUUUUGUAGAUUUUGAACUGUUUCGGCAUUGUGUUUGUGCGAGAGGGACGACAACCUGCCUCCCCCUCCCUCCCUUCCUCCCUCCUUCCCUCCUUCCCUCCCCGCCGCCAGACUUCCUGAGCCAAGAGUCAACGCAGAGCUCAGUCCCUCGUCCGUACCUGACUGCCAGUCCUGGAUGCCCUUCAAACCUGUGAAGUAGUUCAGUUUAAGAAUGGGUGUUGUGGAGAUUAUGUUUGAUAUUAUUGCUCAUUCUUGUCUUUUUGAUCCUUUGCUUUCAUGCAUCCAUUCAUUAAACAAGUUAAUGGUUUAAAAAAAGCUAAAACCAUCACAAGGCACUCAGUUUGAAGGUUUUAACUUCCUAUUCCAAGUAAGUUUUUCUAUUACAUGGUAUCGUGUGGGACAACGCCUUUGGUUUUUUUUGUUUCUUUAUUUUUUUUUUUGUGCAAAACUAUUAUAAGAACCACUUGACUGAUAUUGACUGAUGCUACUUUUUUUGUGUGUUUGUUUUUAACCUCAGACUGAAGGCUCUAAACAAGCUGCCACUUCUCUGUGCCAAUGUGGAAUAACUGCGGCCCAGAAUGAAUAAUUGAAUCCAGAAAAAUCACAGUGAUCGUGUAAAAAUAAACAGUGUUUUUAAAAUGAA